AUGCAAAAUUCGGAUAGGCCAACAGAGAUAUGUACUAAUCAAUUAUUAUCUAUUCCUAUUGAUGGUCGAUGGAUAUGGGAUGAAAAGAGAAAAGAACUUGUCUAUGAAAGUCGUCAUCGAAUGAAUGAUGAUAAAAAGUCAAGUUCGAAUGAAUUAUUAAAAAUUGAUCUAAGAUCUGGUUUAAUUCAUUAUCGAAAACAAAAUCGACCUUUACAAUAUAUUAUUAAAACAAAAGAUAAUAACAAAAUUACACUCGAUGAUAUUAUUCAAGCAUCACUUAAUGUAAUGAGUGAAAUGUUUUAUAUACCAAUUGAAUUUGAAGAAUAUGUGAGUGAUCGUUCACAAAUGGAAAAAAAUCAUAUUCGUAUUGCAUAUGCUAAUUUACUUGCUUGUCUACGUGAACUUGGUUGUAAAUAUGCUGUAUUAUUAUUAGGUAUUAAUCUAAAAGAUUUUCAUCAUAUGCGUAAUGGCGAUCUUUAUUAUUCAUGUACAUAUAUUGAUCGAACUAUAUAUGAAUCUCUUUUUAUUUUUUCAACAUAUUUUACUUGGAUCACAUUUUAUCGACAAAAUUUUGAUUUAAUUCGUAAUGAAUUAGCUCGAUUAUUUCGAGCUGAUGGUGAUGUUGAAAUGCUUCAAAUUCCAAUGACAGAAAGUUUAGAAGGUCGAAUGAAAAAUGAUAUAUUAAUUAAUUCUAUAAAUCGACAUAAACUUAUUGAUUGUACUGAAAUUUUUUCAAAAUCAAUGGCUAAAAAAGCUGCAAUUACGAGAACAAGUGAAAUACAGAAUAAAAAAAGUUCUUUACGACGUACAAGUUCAAUAUUUUGGAAUUUUAAUAAAAUUUCUAAUGAAUCAAAUAGAUUGAUUAAACAACAGACAUCAAAAAAUCGAUUAAAUAGUGUUUUAGCAAAAGAUUUCAAUGAACAAGGUUUGAUUUUUUUGAUUGUUAUCAAAAUUCUAUGCUAUUUAUCAAUAGAAGAAUUCGUAGAAGAUGAUGAAUUAUAUGGAUUUGAAUUCAAUAUAAAUUCACCUUGUCAUCAUCAAAGACAGAAAUUAUUUAUUUCUCAACGUAAAAAUUGUAUACGUGGUAUUUUAACAAAACAAUUAAAAAGUCGAAAUCAAAGUCUUAUUGAAGAACAAUAUCGUCAUUUAAAGAAUAAAAAGACAAAUGAACAACUAAAUAUGGAAGAAAUUGAAAAUAAAAUACGAGAAAGAGAAAAAAUGAAACGAGAACGUCUCAUUAAACAACAAAUAUUGAAUUCUUCAUUUUACAAAAAUUCAUCCAUUUUACCUGCACCACCAAAUCCAUUGGAUAAUCCUCGCAUAAUGAAAGACAAUCAAUUAAUUCUACCAAAAAUUCAAUUUAAAUUAAAAGAAAAUAUUGGAAUUAUUGGCAAAUCUUAUUCAGAUUUUGAUUUAUUACGUUUGACAUUAAAACCUAAUAUUGAAGAUAAUAUAAACAUUCCAACAGAAUUUCUUGUAACUUUACCAGAUCAAAUGUACGUUUAA